AUGGCGGCCUUGCGUGUUUCUGUUUGGUCGUCUCGCUCCUUCCAUUCCAUCAAGAUGAAGCUUAACAUCGCGAACCCCGCGACCGGGGAGCAGAAAACGUUCGACAUUGACGAUGAGCGUCGCUACCGUAUCUUCUACGAGAAGCGCAUGUCGCAGGAGGUCGCCGCUGACGGGCUCGGCGACGAGUGGAAGGGCUACGUUCUCAGGAUCACGGGUGGCAACGACAAGCAGGGUUUCCCGAUGAAGCAGGGUGUCCUCGUGCCCUACCGUGUCCGCCUUCUCCUCUCCGACGGCCACUCGUGCUACCGCACCCGCCGCGCCGGUGAGCGCCGCCGCAAGUCGGUCCGCGGCUGCAUCGUCGGCCCGGACAUUGCCGCGCUUGCCCUUGUUAUCGUUAAGCAGGGCGAGCAGGAUAUUCCCGGCUUGACGGACAAUGUCCUGCCCAAGCGCCUCGGCCCGAAGCGCGCGACGAAGAUCCGUCGUUUCUUCAACCUCACCAAGGAGGAUGACGUGCGCAAGUACGUCGUUCGCCGCGAGGUCACGAGCAAGAAGAAGGAGGGCGCCAAGCCUUACUACAAGGCCCCCAAAAUCCAGCGCCUCGUCACGCCCCAGCGUCUCCAGCGCCGCCGCCACUUGCACGCCAUCAAGGCCCGCAAGAUCGAGCACCAGAAGGAGCAGAAGGCCGAGUACGACGCCCUCAUCGCCAAGCGCGUCGCCGAGAAGAAGGAGAAAGUCGCCGCCAUCAAGGCCUCGCACAAGAAGACCGCAUGA